UUAAAUAACAUCAUUAUACAGUAAAAACUGGUUGUACCUUAGUUUCUUUCAUGCUUCUGGUAAGUCAGAUGUUUAAAUUAUUGAAUGAUAAAUAUAGAAUGUAUCUGAGAAAACACUGAAUGUUUUACUGAUUUGAGUCUAAGAACAUGAGGCAAAAUUCUGAAGAAAAGAAUAGUUAUUAUUGAACAUUUACAGUGUGUAAAGCAUUGCAUGUAGACGAUUUUCAUUGACUCUUCCCAGCACCCUUGUGGGAUAGAAUUUUAUUAGCCCUGUAUUUCAAGGGGAAGAACUGAGCACCAGGGAGUCAAGUGAUUGAUCUGAGUCUCUGUCAGAGCUGGGACUCCAGGCCAGGGCACCCCACUCCAGAGUGAGGAUUCUGGGACCACCGUGCUGUCUCUGAAAAGCCCCAAAUGCCUAAAAGGUCAAGAUAUUUCCAUUACAUUCUAACAUAGUUUUGUAGUCAUUAUUGAAAUUUAAAAUAACUUGGGGACAUUGAUUGUUGGAACAGAAUUUCAGAAAAUUCUAUCCAGGUGAAAAAUAGAGGACCAAAGAUUAUAAGCAAUAUAAUCUUCCAACCGCCUUCAGUUGGAAGGUGGUUCACAUAGUGUAGAGUGUAGACUGGAUGGAAGGUCUGAAAACCAUACAGACAAGGCUGCUAUGAGCUCGCUUAACAUCCUCAAGGCCAAGCAAUAUGAGAAGUAGGAGAGAAAAACCUAAAAACAGAAAAAAAUCCAUUUAAAAAAAAAGUUUCCCAACGUUGUUCAACACCUAUUCCCUCUUAAAUGUAUUGAUAUUCUAUCUCCGUAAAAUCGAUGCAUUUACACGUCGUUUAACGUUUGUGCUUCCGAGCUUGCUGUGGUAGGCAAAUCCUUGCUAUCAAUUAAUUUUUCUAGGUUUUUCAUCAUCUUUAAAAAGAGCAGUUCCACUCUCGUGGUCUAGUGCAAGAGAAGUGCUUUGCAGUUCAUAAGAGCUUUCGCACUUAUGACCUAAUCCUCACCGCCCAUGAGGUAAGUAGGGCAAGUAAUAUCCCUGCUUUUCAUAUGAGAGCUGAAGUUUAGAACAGCCAAAGCACCUGUCCGAGGUCCCACAAGAAUAAGAAUCCACAUCUGGCUCCCUUUUCUACUUCCAAGUGUAAAGUCACGUGCAGUGUCAAAACCAGAAUCACCGUGUGUAGAAGGAGAAGGGGAAGCGUACUGGGAUCAUCUUGACUGUCAUUAACAAAUACUUAUCAGUUACCUGUUAUGUGCCAGGCACUGUUCUCUGUUGGGGAUAACUGGGGGGGCAGGACAAACAAGGACGCCACCCUCCUGGGGCUCAGCUCCUUAGUGGGAGAUGAGGAAGGCACCUCUAAGUAUCGUGGGACACAGAACUUGAGCAAGUGCAGAGAGGGCCUCUGAGGUGAGAUCUGAAUCAUGAGAAGAGGGUCCCCGUGUGGAAGUCAGGGAGGAUGUUCCACUCACAGGGGACGGUCCUUCCAAGGCAGACGCUGGCGGAAGCACUGGGAGAGCUCAAGGGAAGGACAUAAGGAUGGUGUUUGCUGCGUGGUCUACGUGCAAAAUCAGGGCUUUGGGCAGGGAAGAAAUGUGAAUUAUGUUUUAAAAACUCAACCUUGCUGCUGAGUAUAGAAUGGAGGGCAAGAGUAGCAGCAAGAAGACUUCCAGUUAGGAGGCUAUCACUAUGGUCCAGGCAAGUCAAGAGGGUGGCUUGGUCUCCAGAUGGUCGCACAGGUGGCUCUGCUGCCUGACCUAUUUACUCUGUUCCAGCCUUUUCUUGUCACCAGCUCUCUGGCAUCAUUUUAACUGCAUUUAUUCUUUUGCUCUGCUUAAAGGCAGAUUUGAGAAGAUUGGGAGGUUGAAAAAGUUUUCAAGAUUAAAAACAAGAAAAACUGUCUCUUGAAUGCCUUGUGUUGACCUGACGUAACCCAUUCUGUUUCAUCCAUAGUAUCUAUAAAGAGAGUAGUGGAAUCCAGCAUGCACUAUAAGGCACUCAGCUAGGACCUUUUUCCUCUCUGGUUCAAUAAAUAUUACUGAUGAUGAUGAAAACUCUAUUUUAGUAUCUUUCCUUUUUUGAGAACAACUUAGUAAUGAUCUCUAAAAUUGACAAUUGAUGCCUUGGCCAACACAAUUGGAAUGUGUGUUUGUACUCAGGUAUUUAAAACUAUGCUGAAUGGUUGCUCUGUACUAAGCAUGUACACUACUGGCCUUUGAGGUAGGUUUUUGUUUUGUUUUGUUUUAAUUAUCCUUGUUCUACAGAUAAAGCACUGAGGCGCAGAGAAGUAACUUCCCCAGGUUACACAGGUAGGAACCAAUGGGACCAUAAUUUGAGUCCAGUCAGUCGAGCUCCUGAACCUGCCCUCUCAGAAAAAUAAUUAUUGAAAGUAACACCACUGGUUUCUUACCAUUGUACAGGAAUUUUAAAAGCAUUCAUUAUUGCAUUUGAUCCUCAAAACUCUAGGACGUGGAUAAGGUAGGCAUUAUUAUCCCAUUUUACAGGUGAGAAUACUGAGUUAUAGACGUUAUCCCACUUGCUCAACUUUAUAUAUAAAGUACACAGUGUCUGAGCCAUGACUAGCUUUUAAGCUUUUUGAGUGAGGGUGCUUCUCAUUAAACCUAUAAUUUCCUAAUUAGAUAAUACCUGUAGCCUGAUCAACAUCUUUUUCUCAUUUAUAAAUGUAUAUAUACUAUAUAUCAUAUAUAUGAAAGCCAUUAAUAUUUAUAAAAUUGAAAUUGUUUAGUUAUACAUUUAAUGAAUCAUCUUUCCUGAUAAAAUAAUUGCAUAAAAAUGAAGUUUUAAAUUCAGCAUAUAUAUGAAUAAAUAACUUGCAUAAGAAUUUUCUUGAUUGUAAUUUUUUUAACAUUUUAGUGUUUUUGAAAACAAAAUGUCUUACAAUCAAUGUAUAUAUUCAAUAGUUUAUCCUUAAAAAUAAUUGCAUCAAUGUUGCAUCUCAAAAUUGAAAGGUCUAAAAAAAAAAAUGAAGGGUCUUAAAAGAUAAACAUUAUUUAGAAUAUACAUAUAUAAACUACUGAAAAAUCUGGUGUGAAUAGGCUCUGUCAUCUGGGAAAUAUGAACGAGGAUGAGAAAGUUUAUCACAUACUGAAAUUUUGGGAAAAAUUUUCUUGGACAGAAAAAUGGGGAAGAUUACAAAUUGCAUACAUCACUCUGUACUUAAUCUCUGGGUCAAUCGUUUUUAGAGCAGGCGAUGUUGUCAUAUGCACUCUUAGAGACAAUAACUAGAAGGGUCACUAGAUGGCACUAUUAUUCUUAGUACUGUAGUAACCUAUUCCGUAGUGAACUUGAGAGUGACAAAGCAUGAAUAAUCAGAGAGCAUUAGUCCAAUAAUGCUGUAACUUUGUCAAAAUUGUUUCUUAAAAGGAAAGAAUUGAUGAUAAAGUCUGUUACAAUGAAAUUCAUACUAUUUUGUGAACCCCAAAAUGCAGGGAACGAUCUCUAGGCCUCCUUUUUACAACGCAGCAUUCAUUUAUUCAUUCAUUCAAUCAUUCGUUCACUUACAAAUAUUUAUUGAGUGUUUUGAAAGUGCCAGGAUCUCAGUGAAGCUCUGGUUAUUUUCACACUGAAGUAAUGACUUCUUUUUUCAAGUAAGAGCGCAGGUUUCGCACUAGUAAGACCUGAAUCCUCCACUUACUGGGUCAUCUUAAGUAAGCCCUUAUUAUUAUUAUAACUUCUGUUGUUGAGAUGAGAAGAGUAAGGCACAGAGCCAGUGGCUGUGGAUGGAAAUACUUUGUAAAAUCAUGCUUUCUAUAUGAAUACUAUUACUACCUCAAGAAUGUUGAGGACUAUGUCUAGUAGUAGUUCUAUUUACAUAAUAGACUAUUAAAUCACACAAUCUAAGCUUAUUAAGAUCAGCCUCGGGACUUCCCUGGUGGCGCAGUGGUUAAGAAUCCGCCUGCCAAUGCAGGGGACACAGGUUUGAGCCCUGGUCCAGGAAGAUCCCACAUGCCGUGGAGCAACUAAGCCUGUGCACCACAACUACUGAGCCUGUGCUCUAGAGCCCAUGAGCCACAACUACUGAGCCCCGUGCCACAACUACUGAAGCCUGCGCUCCUAGAACCUGUGCUCCGCAACAAGAGAAGACACUGCAAUGAGAGGAUCGUGCACCACAAUGAAGAGCAGCCCCCGUUCGCUGCAACUAGAGAAAGCCCGCGUGCAGCAACGAAGACCCAACACGGCCAAAAACAAAAGUAAUUAAUUAAUUUAAAAAUAUAUAUAUAUAUGCUAAAAAAAAAGAAAACAUUAUUUCAAAAAAAAAAAAGAUCAGCCUCAACACAAGUGACCAUGAGACAGUUUCUCAGUGCAGCUCUUCCCUGCCUCAAUAUAUGUCUUGGAAAUACCAUCAGAAUCAAAACGAAGCAGAUCCGAAGUGAUUUGGCAGAAGGAUACUAGAAGUGUGUUUGGGGUGUGAACGAAUGGGUGUGUUUAUAUAUAAAAAAUUGUUUCAAUGCACCUUGCAGGAAGCCAACCUCAUCUCUUACCAGCCUCACUUCUGCAGUUGGUUUUGUUCCCAGUGCACAGUACUUCCUUUCAGACGCUCAUUCUGAAUGAACAUGAUGACGAUGCAUAUUUACUCCCGGACGUUGCUAACCAGCACAGCAAAAAUAAAUCUGAAUACUUUAUUCACAUUUUGUAAUAAUCAGGGUGUAAAUUGACAAUGGCUCAUUUAGGAGGUUGCGCUCAUUGUACUUUACUCAAGUUCCCUUUUUAUGUGUGAUCUGUUUAUUCAGUUCUUAUUUAUGGAAGUGGAUAUUACGUCCGAGUGUUACGGGUGAUACAGAGAUUCUGAUUCUGUUACUCGCCAUAAGUGUUAUACUGCCCAGCCCUUUGGAUGCGAGUAGUAAAGGUUAGGUUUCUCCUUUGGCCAGAAUCCCAACACAACUGUGCUCUCUGUCUAUGCUGGAGCCACUGCAGCUGAUGUCCUAACAGCUCACUGAGGAGGUCAAAGAUGGUUUUCUAAAAAAUGCCUCCUCUGACAGUGACGCUCGCAUCUCAGAGCUACCAUUGUUUGCCUUCCUGUCAACCACUCACAUAGCUAAGAACUCAAGCAAACACAUGAAAAAGAAAAGCCUCUAUUUAAAGUUUUAUUGAAAAUAUUCAAGAUUUCCUGCUUCUUUUAGGGACAGUGAAAGAAAUCCAGUGUUUUAUCCAUGUCAGGUCCCUACCAGAUUAUAAACAGUUGAGAGGAGGGUCCACUUGCUGAAAGGUGCCUUGAGAGAAAAACUCCCACUUCCCGGAUUCGAAGAGGAAGCCCCCUCAUCCCUAAAGUCUCCCUUGCGGUUUCGCAGCCAGUGGGGGCAUCACAGCCUCCCACUCCAGGCUCUUUCUAGCUUCCACAGCCGCUGCCUCACCCAGUUUAUCUGGCAGCAGGAUUGGCUGCUCUACCCAACUCCAGAGCUUUUCCCUUUGCUUUAAAAUUGCCCUUGAAUUCAGCUCCCUUCCACUCCCUUUUCCCCACACAGUAUUUUUACACCUUUGAUGCCCAAACCUUGAAGGUAAGUACAAAGACAGGCAUCUGUAAACACAGAACGAUGCCCACAUUCAUGGGAAUAACAGCAAUCUCAAAAAACAAUCAUGGCAAAUUUUAAUCAGUGACUCUGAGAAACUUCCCAAGCAAGAAAGAUUUGUGUCCCAGUCUUGCUCUACCCUCAUUUCAUGUCUUUUUUUUUUUAAUUUUACAUUUUUAUUUAUUUAUUGGCCGCCCCGAGAAGCAUGAGGGAUCUUAGUUCCCUGACCAGGGAUCGAACCCAUGCCCCCUGCAGUGGAAGAGUGGAGUCUUACCCACUGGACCACCAGAGAGGUCCCCCUCAUUUCAGGUCUUAGUUCCAGCUCUAAGUGUUUGCAACAAUCUCCUUCCUGAACUGUAUCACAUUCGUGCAACUUUUUUUCCCCUACCUUGUAUGUGAGCCUGGCCAUUUCUUUCCCUGUUAAAGAAUCUACGGCCCCGACCUCUUUAUAUAACGUCAACCCAACUAGAGCAGGAACCUGCCUCUAUCUAAAAGUCUGGCCAUGCAGCGCCGGCAAUCCGUGAACAGCAGUUGACGGGCUGAUCCAGAGCAAAUCCCUCAUGUACUCCUCAGGGAAGGGAGGAAGGCAAACCCAUUGCCAGCCCACGAUGGUCAUGAUGGAAAGAUGUGCACAUCCAGGCUGGCCCUUCAGGCUGAUGGGGCUGGCUGAGAACUGAGUGAAUAAAGUGAAAUGGAAGGUAAAUGGAUGCAAUCCAAUUAUUACAAAGAGGGAACAGGCAAGGUUGCUUUAAAGAGACGAAAACUGAGCAUUUCUAUGCCCUCCACAAUCAUGGGGGUUGAAAAUGUUAGUAUUCCUGCUCAUCUUUUCUCUUUGGUGUAGAUCCGUCUUUUGAGGCAUAUGGUUUUUGUUGUGAUUUUCUUCGUUUUUACCACCUGUGUUCCAGAUGUCUGUCAACUUCAUCAUUUUGCUGCUUUGCUUGAAGAUUUCAAAACAGACCUCAAUUUUGAAACUCUUCUGUGGCAUAUUUCUCUCUUAUUUGAAAAGAUGUGUUUGAUUUAGAAAAUACGAAGACAUUGCCCUACUUUCUUUGCAUUGGGGCUAAAUUGGAAGUAGGCAGCAAAAUGGGUUACCUCCUGACUAGUGGAAGAGAUGCUCACCACAGCCGUCUGCUGACUGCGGAGAAGCGGCAGCCGGGAUGGUGCAGGUGAGGCCAAGUGCAUGUCCCCAACCUUUGUGCUUCAUUAUGUCACAGACGCCAGGAAUGACAAGAGGAUAAGGAAAUCUGUGGCCUCAGUUUAAAACAGAGUCCAGAUAGAGUCCAUACCCUAUUGAGAAAUCAAUUCAGUACAUGCGUGUGUUCUACAUGUGCACAGGUGUAUUCAUGCCAACAUAAAUGCAUCAAACGUCUCUGGCAAGACAUACAGGAAGUUGGUUGCUGUAGAGGUGGGAAUUUGGAAGCCAUGGGCCAGGGGUAAGAGGGAGACCUAAUUUCGCUGUAAACAAUUUCUUCUUAAAAUUUGGAACUUGUGCUUGUAUUUCCCAUUAAAAAUUAAAACAUUGGAUAAUCAUCAUAACAAAAGAAUAUAUUCUACGAGACUGGGCACACCUAAAAGUAGUCUUCUAAAGCAAUUUAUCCCUUUGCAUGAGGAAUAAAGUCCUAGCUGUCACCUCAGUUUGAAGGGAGAUUAAUGUGGCUUGAAUAUUUACUAUGGUUUUACUGCAGAGAUGUUUAAGUGCCAACGAUGUGUUACCACGUAGGCAAAUGGCUCUUGAAUCCAGAUAACCGUGCUAUGGGAAAGACGGUGGGGAUUUUGGUGUUUGUGUCAUUUGGGCUUGGAUUACACGUUCCUUCCCCUGUUGCUGGGAGGCCCAUGUUCUUGGAAGUAACUGAACUAAGGCUGGAAUAGUGGGGAUUGAGAAAAUGAAUGACUUGGAAGAAGAUACUGCAGUAGCAGUUUGUGGAGACCCUCUUUCUGCCCCCUGCUCAGACAUCCAGGGCACGUGAGACAUCCAGAUGCACAGGACCCUUUGGUUGUGUCAUCUUGGUUCACUCCUUGCUGCCACCACUAGACGGGCACUCAUCUGUUUCCUGGGACACGGUUCUAGGCCUCUCUCCAAUUCCUCCCAGGGUCUCCAGCAUGAUUCCUUCUCUCUCUUUGCAGCCGGCGCAGAACAAAUAGACCAAUGAGAGGACAGAACGCAGAUGGCAUAUCUCUCAUAUAAGUUACCUAUUCAGGUUGCUUGCUUACUUAUUCAUUUAAUAAACAUGUAUGGAUUCCUUUCCAACCCAGGCAGGGCAGGAUGGCUCCCACAAAGAAGGGUGGUGAGAAGAAGGGCCGCUUCACCAUCAACGAGGUGGUGACCAGAGAAUACACCAUCAACAUUCACAGGUGCUUCCAUGGAACAGGUUUCAAGGAGCGUGCCUCUCGGGCACUCAGGGAAAUCCAGAAAUUUGCAAUGAAGGAGACGGGGACUCCAGAUGUACACAUUGAUGCUAGGCUCGACAAAGCCAUCUGGGCCAAAGGAAUAAGGAAUGUUCCAUACCGUAUCCAUGGGCCGUUGUCCAGAAAGUAUGAUGACGAUGAAGAUUCACCAAACAAGCUCUAAACAUUGGUUACCUAUGUACCUGUCACCACUUUUCAAAAAUCUACAGCUCGUUGAUGUAGACGAGAACUAAAUGUUGAUUGGCCAAGAAAGUUAUAGAACGGCCAAAACCAAACACAAACAUACAAACAAAAAUGUAUGGAAAACCUACCAUAGGCUGAAAACUUGCUCUGGAGAUGCAAGACCUCAAGAAGUUCACAAUCUAGUGGGAAAGAUAGACUUUUUUUUUUUUUUAGUAUAUGAUUGCGAUAGUCUGAUGAGUGUUAAUGUAACCUAAGGCCAAGGUAACAUAGGAGCAUUUACAAGGGCAUCCAAACCAGACUAGGGGUGGUACCGAUCACAUAGGUGACCAAGUUGGGACUGGACGGGCGUGCCGGAGUCUGCCUGUGGGCCCCACGGGAGAUGGGGACUGAGUGUGUUAUUGCUGGUUGGUGACAGGAGAGUGGCUGCUGUGAGGGGUGUAGGGCAUUUCACAAUGAGAUAGUAACAUAAAAUGAGAAAUGACCACAGCUCAUCAGGAACCGCAAAUUGCCCGCAUGGCAGAAACAUAAACUCUGAGACAGGGUAGGGAGUAUAAAGGGAAGAGGAGGGGCUUUACAUGUCUGGCUAAGGCAUUUUUGAAAGGAUCAAAGUGGGAGAAUGACAAGACUUAACAAGAUAUGCGUUUUCAAAGAUAAUUGAAAGCGGUAGAGGGAAGGUAUUGGGGUGGGAAAUGUUGGAGGUGGGAGACCAGUUAAGUGGCUUCUGUGACGUUUCAGCCACGGGGGGGAUGAGGUGGUGAAGGGGGGUGGCAGUUACAGGAAAAGAGAAGAACAAAGGUGAAACCAACAGCAGGGGCAACUCUGUGACCUUCCUUCCCUGACACAACGGGAUUAGGAUGUCAUUGCAGGUCUACCCGAAAGGAGCUUAGAAGAAAUGACCAGACAGUAUCCAAGCACGUGGCAGAUCAAUGCCUAGGUAAGUAAGUAGCUCAAAGUUAACUAAGAAGAGGCAGGUAAGGGAUAAAGCCAGCUGGGAUGGAGAGUGUAGGGAGAAAGUGCAAGCAGAUAGAUACCAUGGGAACCUGAUUUAGUGGGACCCUUGCAGCUGGUGAGUGUUCCAGAAGCCCUAAAGGAACCAAUACGGAACACAUCUAUGGGUGUGGGGAGGGGUCUAGGGUCACUUACCUCCUGACUUGGGUCACUGGGUGGGUGGAGAUACAGCAGUGAAAGGUAGAAAGUUCAGGAAGAAAGACUUUUGGGAAGAAGAUAAUGAGUUGAGUUUUGAGCUUUUUGGAUUUUAGAUGCUUGAUGGCCAUCUGAGCCACAUUCACUCUGGAAAGCAUCUAGGUAAUGCAAGAGAUGUGAUGGAAGCUAAGAGAAAAGAGUCUCAAGAAAGAAGAAACAAUGAAAAUGUCCAUUGCUUCAAUGAAAUAAAAUAGGUGUCCAUCUGGUUUGACAAAAGGAAAGUAACCAGUGAUCUUAGUGAGAAUGUUUUUGGUAGCGUGGUGUUAGAAAGUAGAUUACCAGAUCACCUCUGCUGAGGACCUAAGGGAGAGAAGAGAAGGUUGUUGCAGUGGGAAGUCAAUUUGAUGCAAAGUUUACCUCCAAUCAGGUGACCAACCGUCCCUGUUUGCCCGGGACUGAGUGGAUUCCCAGGAUGCUGGACUUUUAGUACUAAGACUGAGAAAGUCCUUGGGCAAGCAGAACAGAUUGGUCACCCUGCCUUCAAUCCCACUACCAGAAAGGCUGUCCAAGAGUUCAUGAAAUAGGCUCAGAAAAAAUGAAGACGCUUGGGACUUCCCUGGUGGCGCAGUGGUUAAGAAUCGGCCUGCCAAUGCAGAGGACACGGGUUUGAGCCCUGGUCUGGUAAGAUCCCACACGCCGCGGAGCAAGUAAGCCCAUGCGCCACAACUACUGAGCCCGCGUGCCACAACUACUGAAGCCCCCGCACCUACAGCCUGUGCUCUGCAACAAAGAGAAGCCACCUUAAUAAGAAGCCCAUGCACCACAACGAAGAGUAGCUCCCUCUCGCCACAACCAGAGAAAGCCCGCGUGCAGCAAUGAAGACCCAAUGCAACCAAAAAUAAAUAAAUAAAUUUAUUAAAAACAAAAAAAAUUAAGACGCUUGAGGGAAUUCCCUGGUGGUCCAGUGGUUAAGACUUGGCACUUUCACUGCUUUGGGCCCGGGUUCAAUCCCUGGCUGGGGGAACUAAGAUCCCACGAGCCGUGUGGCGUGGCCAAAAAAAAAAAAUUAAGAUGCUUGAAUCACAAGGUUUACUGAAUAAAUUUAAAACGCACAGCAAGAAACAAAGGGAAAGAGAUGAAGGAUGCUAUCACCAUGAGGAGAGGGUGCAAGUUGGGUGUAUGAGCCACAGCUCUCUCUCUGUCUGUCCCUGUCUGUCUCUCUCAUCUUCAUUCCCUGCUGCCAGUAUGGUCACAAGGUCCAGAGUUGAGGGUGAGCAAGGGGACUCAACAGACUGAAAGUAUCUGGAGCCAACACAUGCUUACUCCUUCCAAGAGAUGGAGGGACAAAUAGCUUGGACACAACUGAAACUCACCAAUAAGUUGCUGAAAAGCUAUGGACUUAUCUUUGUAUCUUGGGCAGAGGUUACAUGUGGCAUAAGGAUGAUACAUGAUCUGUGCUUUAUUAAUGUUUUAGGUUUAAGUGGUCCUUCUAUCCCUUCCUAUCUACAAGUAGUGCUCUGGUUUGUUCCAUCCUUUUCGUCUAUGUUUAUCAAACAUAUGCUCUGUUUAUAUUUAUAUUUAACAGAUUUCUAACUUAGCACAUUUGCUAUCAUUCCUCAAUAUGUUUCAUGAGUUUCAUCUGUUAUUCUACUUGUUUGAUUCCCUUGUUAUUUACAGCACAGUUGAAUAUUCUCAAAUAACGUGAUAAAAUCAUGUUAUAGAAGUGACAAUAGCACCAGUAGACUUUUCAUUCUCGAAACUUGGCUGUUGUGAAAAAAGAAAGAAAGAGUAUUUACUAGAGGGAUUUAGAUAAUCGUAAGAAAAAUUGUUUUUAAUAAACUGAAGUCACCAAGUCAGAACAUAAGGUGUUUCAACCAGAGACCUGAGAAGUUAAUGGACAAAGCAUGAUCCUUGGGAGAGUAUAAAAGGAUGGAAUCCAGAUCAGGUGGGAGAUCUCAUCCUCUUAGACUAGAGGGGAGAAGGAAUAAUAGUGGACAAGACAAGUGUGUUUCCAGUGGUGGACUGGGUUUACCAUUCUGUCUUAGUUUUCUUUGUGAAGUAGCUUGGCCAUUAAACAAUUAUUUCCAGGCACUGGUUGAUUUACAAAUAUUUACUUUUAUUUAAGGUGUGGUGGCCUUGUAAUGUAUCGAUUUGGCUAUGCUGAACUACUUUCCCUAGAAUUUCAUUUCAUGUAUAGUUUGGGUUAUGGUGGGUCCCAAGGGAGAUUCUUGUGAGAUUUGGAAGGCAGACAGGAAAGGGCAGCCGUUCUGUAGCUCACACACGUUGCUGCCAAUGUGCUGACUCACCUCAUCAGCAUGAAGCAGCAGCGGCACCGGCUCUACUUCCCCUGAACCAGGUGCCUAUGUUCAGUUCCAGGAGGAAGGGCAAUGUCAAUCAUCAUGGGUUUCAGUGUGUCCUGGGUUGCAGCACAUUCUUGAUCUUCCUCAAUUUACACCCAUUUUCCCUUCGUAACUCCCCACCAUCUAGACUCCAGGCUCCAGUAUCAGUGAGAAGACUUACAGAGAUUGUUUAACCAGUCCCAGCAAAUGUGUAAGGCCAAACUCCUAUAAUAUAAUCUCCGGAGACCAUGCUUGAGUUUAUGCUAAUGACAUGACUCAGGACAGGGGCUGUCCACGUCAGAAAGAUCAGCCUUAUGAUUAGAGGGUUAGGAUUUUGAGCCACAUGAUAUCAACCCAACAGUUGACCUCCAGGGAGGGUGAGGAGGGCUGAAGACUGAGUUCAACCACAUGGCCAGUGAUUCAAUCCAUCAUGCCUACAAAAUGAAACCCCAAUCAAAGCUUUGCACAUGGAAGCUCUGCUGACUUUCCUGGUUGGUAAUCCUGUAUCAAUGAGCCAGGAGGGUGAUGCUUCCUAAGGACAUGGAAGCUUUGCAUUCAAGACCCUCCCGACAUUGCCCUGUGUGUCUCCUCAUUUGGCUGGUCUUGAGUUGUAACUUUUAUCAUAAAACUGUAAUCAUAAGUAUAGUGCUUUCCUGAGCUCUGAGUCAUUCUAGCAAAUUAUUGAAUCUGAGGGGGUAGUGGAAACCCGUGAAUUUGUAGCCAGUGGUCAGGAGCAUGGGUGACCUGGGGACCCUGGACCUUAUGGCUGGUGUCUGAAGUGAGGGGGUGUCUUGUGAAGGAAUGUGCCCUUACACUGUGAAAUUUAACCUAAAUUCAGGUACUCAGUGUUAGGAUUGCACUGCAAAGAGAAAAUAAUAUAGUAACCUCCCAUGUGGGCAUCACCUAGCUACAACAGUAAUCAACUCAUGGCCAAUCUUGUUUCAUCCGUAACCUCCACUGUGGGAUUACUUUGAAGCAAAUCCCUGUUGUGAUAGGAUUUCAUCCAUAAAUAUUAAAGUAGAUAUCUCUAAAAGAUAAGCCUCUUCUUUCUUGCUAAUAACUACAAUACCAUUAAUUUAUUUUAAAAAAUUCAUUCCCUAAUAUCAUUGCAUACUAAUAGUCAGUGUUCAAAUUUCCCCUAUCAUCUCAAAAAAUUUUUUUAUAUCUGGUUUGUUCAAAUCCAAACAAGUCCCCACAUUGCAUCUUGUCAACAGACCUCUUAAUCUCUUUUCAUCUGUAGGUCUCCUUAUCUCUCUCUCUCUUUUCUUGCAAUUUAUUUAUAAAAGAUACUGAGUGUCUUUUCCAGUAGAGUUGUAUUUUCCAACUUUAAAGUACACACAAAUCACUAGGGGAUUUUUUUCUUUUGCUUAUAUAAAUGCAUUUUUAAUUUUUAAAAUUCUUAAAUUAAUUUUUAUUGGAGUAUAGUUGCUUUACACUAUUGUGUUAGUUUCUGCUGUACAGCAAAGUGAAUCAGUUAUACAUAUACAUAUAUCCCCUCUUUUUUGGAUUUCCUUCCCAUUUAGGUCACCAUAGAGCACUGAGUAGAGUUCCCUGUGCUACACAGUAGGUUCUCAUUUGUUAUCUAUUUUAUGCAUAGUACCAAUAGUGUGUAUAUGUCAAUCCCAAUCUCCCAAUUCAUCCCACCCUCCGCCUAGGGCAUCUAAUUUUAAAAGUAGAUUCUGCUUUAGAAAGAAAAUUUGGGGGCUUCCUUGGUGGUUCAGUGGUUAAGAAUCCGCCUGCCAAUGCAAGGGACACAGGUUCGAGCCCUGGCCUGGGAAGAUCCCACAUGCCGCAGAGCAAUGUGUGCCACAACUACUGAACCUGCACUCUAGAGCCCGCGAGCCACAACUGCUGAGCCAGCGUGCUACAACUACUGAAGCCUGUGCACCUAGAGCCCGUGCUCCGCAACGAGAGAAGCCACCACAAUGAGAAGCCCGUGCACCGCAAUGAAGAGUAGCUCCCACUCGCCACAACUAGAGAGAGCCUGCACAGCAACGACAACCCAACGCAGCCAAAAAUAAAAACAAACAAAUAAAUAAAUUUAUUUUAAAAAAAAGAAAAUUUGUUGUGGGGCCCAAGAUUCUGCAUUUUCAGCAAGCCCCCAGGUGAAGUGGAUGCUGCUGGUCCAUGAACCACACUCAGACUAGCAAACUCUGGAGCUCUCUACAGUCUGGAUUUUGAUGAUUGCAUCCCCAUGAUGUCAUAACCAUGUUUCUCUGUCCCCUCUCAACUGGUGGUCAGGCCAUCUGGAUGAAGGGGAAGUCCAUUGUGUGUAAAGCAACCUGUUGUGUAACUUUUAAUGCUCCUUCAAAAAUGUAUACUUAAGCAAUCUGAAAGUUUUCCAGUAGUAUUUUUCUUACCCUCCCAACCCUUUUCUAUGUUCUCUCCCAUUUAAAGUUUAUGCCCAAUGUAUUCCAAUGGCACUCAGUAAAAAUACUUUUUAGGGAAAGGAGGGAAUAUAUCCAGUGGUUGUAAAGUUGGAGGACAUACCAACAUGACAUGGAAGACAGCCUAGAUUAGGCGGAAGACAAGAAGAGAAGCAGCUGCAAGACUGACUUGGGUAGAAGUAAGGGCCCUUGGAUAGGGGAAUGAGGCUGGGUGAGGCUGGGUGAUAAGAGUGGGGCAGAGGUUGUGAAGAUCCAUUGCACACAGCCAUUCUCAAAAGCCAGUCCAAAAUCCCAGAAGCACAUGGGGGCUUGCUAAAAACAGUUUCCUGUUCUGACACAUCAAAUCAGAAUCUCUGGAGAAAGAGCCUUGGAAUAUGCUUGGCAGGCACCCUCUGGAGACUCUGAUGUAGAGUGGUUCUAGAAACCACUGAACUAUAUCGGAUGCCACACAUUGCUGUAUGUGUGUGUGUGUGUGUGUGUGUGUGUGUGUGUGUGUGUGUAUAAUUUUUUUUUUUUUUUUUUGCCAUCUUUCUUGCCAGUGAAUGCUCUGAAGUACUCAUUGACCAACUGCUAGGUAGCCCUAGGAUAAAAUAUCACCUAGUGCUUUCAUUCUCGGUGGGCACGUGGUCGUCUGAUUACAUGAUGUUUAAUUUAAUGGCUGAGACAUUAAAGCCCAGUGGUUAAGAGCUCCGACGAAUUUAAACUCUGAAAAGUGUGUUGUUUACACUCCAAUACGUGGCACCAUUCCCAUAUCAAUUAUGCUGGAUUUUCAGAUUAAUUAGAUGACCAUAGAGUUGCCAGGCUCUGAAGGAAUUGGACUUCAGACAAGAAAAAUGGAAAUAAAUUUUGUAAAUUAUUUACAAGU